GCUUUAACAAGAUGAGGUUGCUUGAAACCCUAUUUUUCGCCUCAACUCUUCUAGUCACCACCCGUCCUGAAGAAAUCCCCACUGGGGUUGUAGUAACCAACGGUCCCGCUUGUGCCCAGAUCGGUACUUCCAUUCUGAAGAAAAAUGGUACUGCGGUGGAUGCAGCAAUCGCUUCACUUUUCUGCGAGGGUGUUUCGGUACCCGACUGCAUGGGUCUUGGUGGCGGUUUUCUCAUGAACAUAUACAUAAAAGAUGGAGGUAAGAGCCACUUUUUGGUUGCUAGAGAAACAGCUCCGGAAAAAGCCAACGAAACGAUGUUUGGGAGUGACGAGGAUUCUGCGAUUAGAGGGGGAUUGGCGGUGGCAGUACCAGGAGAGUUGAGGGGAUAUUGGGAAGCUUACAAUAAGUACGGAGGGGGUGUAGCUUGGAAGGAUUUGAUACAACCAACGAUAGAUUUGUGUAAUGAGGGAAUCCCCGUGACGAAAUACGUGGCGGAGGUUAGUGAAGCUAACAAGGAGGUCAUAAUGAAAGACAAUAUCCUUCGGGAGAUUUUCAUCAAUCCAACAACAAACCAAACGUAUGCCGAAUCCGAAAAAAUCACGCGACCUCGCCUGGCCAAAACCUUGCAACUCAUAGCCGAUUACGGUGCCGACGUUCUUUACAACGGUGCUCUAACGUCAGACUUCGUCAAAGACAUCCAGGCUAAAGGUGGCAUCAUCACUGAGCAAGACCUCAACAACUACACCCCUUUGUGGUUAACCCCCAUCCCAUUCCAACUCCCCUACAACCAAACCCUCCACGCAGCCCCCCUCCCAGGCUCCGGUCUAAUCCUCGGCCUCAUCAUGAACAUCCUCAACGACUUCCUCGACCCCUCCGAACCCACCUCAGUCACCAACUGGCAGCGCGUCAUCGAGAGCUUCAAAUUCGGCUUCGCCAAACGCACAGAACUCGGCGAUCCCGACUUCGUCGACGUCACUGAGAUAGUCAACCAACUAAAAUCGACAAGCUUCGCCCAAGAACUACGUGCCCUCAUUUUUGACAAUCAAACGUUUGAAGAUCCGGGUUAUUAUGGGGCUAACGUGACGCAGCCUUUGGACCACGGUACUGCCAAUAUGUGUGUGCUGGCGCCCAACGGAGACGCGGUGUCCGUGACGAGUACCAUCAACUAUAGUUUUGGGGCUGGGAUUGCCUCUGAGAGUACCGGGAUUAUUUUGAAUGACCAGAUGGAUGAUUUUUCGUCGGCGGGGUUUGAUAAUGUCUAUGGGGUACCGCCGUCUCCGAGCAACUAUAUAGUACCGGGGAAGAGGCCCAUGUCGUCGAUGAAUCCCUCCAUUGUCGUGGAUGAUAGUGGGGAUGUUAGACUGGUGGUUGGUGCAUCUGGAGGAACAAAGAUUAUCACGUCUGUGGCGUUGGUUAUGAUUAAGAAUUUGUGGUUUAAUUAUACGAUUAAAGAUGCUGUUGAGGAUAAGAGGUUGCACCAUCAGUUGUUUCCAAUGCAGCUACUGGUGGAAGAAGGGUACUCACAGGAUUUCCUGGACGCUCUUACCAUGAUUGGACAUAAUGUAUCCAUAGUGGCACCCCCUGAUCAUUUUAAUGCCGUAACCUCAAUUUCUAGAGAGGGUGGUACUUUCUCUGGUACCUUUGAUCCAAGGAGAGGGGGUGGCGAAGAGUACAUCUACAGUACGACUGAUGGUACUUAAAUGGUCAAUGAAUUUUAUUUGUUUGUGUGACGUUUUAUCAAUAUUAUAAUUUAAAAAAU